UUUUUAUUUUGUUAUGUGAUUUGUUUUUAAAAAAGAAAUAAUAAUUCUAUUUGUAAAUAAAUUUUAACUAAAUUAACUAAGAUUUAAAAAAAAAAUGCGUUUUACCCAAUUAAUGCGUAUACGCUGUAAAUUUCCCGAAUGGUCGGCAGCCAAACAGCAGUAUGUGCCACAGCAUCAGCCAGUGGUGGAAGAGGAAGUUAAAAAAUUGCAAGAUUUCCUAAUGGACAAACCUAAUAUAGUGGUUUUAACGGGAGCGGGAAUAUCCACAGAAUCAGGCAUUCCUGAUUACCGCUCUGCUGGUGUAGGCUUAUAUGCCCGCACUAAUCAUAAACCUAUACAACAUAUGGAAUUUGUUAAAUCUGCUGCCGUACGUCGCCGCUAUUGGGCCCGCAACUAUGUGGGUUGGCCCAAUUUCUCUAGCACCGAACCCAAUGCCACCCAUCAUGCUUUGGCUCGUUUUGAGCGUGAGGCUCGUCUUCAAUGUGUGGUUACACAAAACGUAGAUCGUUUGCACAGCAAAGCGGGCAGCAAAAAUGUUAUAGAACUUCAUGGCUCGGGUUAUGUGGUAAAAUGUUUAAACUGUGACUACCGCAUCGAUCGUCACGAGUUUCAAACUAUUUUAAAUACUUUAAAUCCAGAAUUUAAAGAUGCUCCCGAUAUGAUACGUCCAGAUGGUGAUGUUGAGAUACCACAAGAAUAUAUAGAUAAUUUUCGUAUACCUCCGUGUUCGCAAUGUGAUGGUCAUUUAAAGCCUGAAAUUGUAUUCUUUGGUGAUAAUGUGCCCAAGGAGCGAGUAAAUCGUAUAGCAGAAAUGAUUUACUCUGGAGACGGUUUACUUGUGUUGGGUUCAAGUCUUUUGGUAUUUUCGGGUUAUCGUAUGGUUUUGCAAACUAAAGAUUUAAAUUUGCCGGUGGCUAUAGUUAAUAUAGGUGAGACUAGGGCGGAUCAUUUAGCUGAUAUUAAAUUGUCGGCUAAAUGUGGUGAUGUUAUACCAAAAUUGUUUGAUUUUAGAAAAUAAUAACAAAUAAGAGGCUAAAGUAUGUAAUAUAUGUUUGUAUGUUGUUAAAAAAUUA